AGUGAGGCGGCGAGGCGAGAGGCGACAGACAUCAUGCUACUGUACCAUAAUAUAGCACCUAUGCAUGCGCUGCCGACACACAGUAGCAGUCCUCUAUACCAAAGUACUGCAUACUUAUCCAUGAUCCAUCAAUCGCCCAGACCGGCCAUCGGAGAAUAAUCAUGCUUGUCAAUCGCUUCUUUCUGUUCCCUUACUCUGCUGUUCUACUAAUAGCAUCAUCAUCCAGCCACCUCCACUCAAUCCUCUCUUCUCCUUUUCUCCUUUUCUCCUACAACCUACCACAACAUACAUGCAUACAUACAUACCUCCUCCUCCCAAACGCUGUUUUUCUAUUACUGUACAUGCCAACCACCACCAACCACUUCGUCUCCGUCCAUCCAUGUCCGACAAGCAUAUGUCAUGCAUCGCGCCUAUACCAAUGGCCCUUUCGCGCCCCGUGUGUCAUGCAUGGCGGCGCCCCCGGCCAUGCUGAAAUCUUAGAUUUGACUUCCGUUCUUCAUUUACUGUUGGAGUUAAUUGAUUCAUUAAUUAAUUAAUCAAUUACUUGCUUGCUUGUUCCUACUCGCAGUUUUGAUGUUUCAUCUUGUUAGCCUUGCUGUAGGUGGGUAGGUAAGUAUGUACUUGGGUUGCUAGAGCUGUGUCCCUGGACAGGACUGUAGUACUUGCUGCCUGA